UGCGCCACAGCUGGCAAAUCAUCGAUUUGAGCAUCAGAAACGGGGAGGGGCGGUUCGUUUACCUGCCAGCCUCUCAAAGCAGCCCUCCUUCCUCGCAUGCCGCCACUCUCCCCCGCUGGCCGCCGCUCUCGCUCCGCUCGCUCCGGCUCCAUCUCUGCGUAAACGCGCCUCCGCUCCGACCUCCGCCGGCCCGGCGGUUUCUCCGAGACCACCCUCCUCCUCCUCCUCCUCCUCCUCCUCCUCCUCCUCUUCCUCCACCUCCUCCUCCUCCUCCUCUUCAUCCCCAGCCGUCGGACUUUUGACUCUUUAGAGCAGUUUUUCCUCCCACAGAGCCUAUUUUUGGAUCUGUCGUCGUGGAGCGCAGACAAGAGGUUCUCCAACUUUUGAUGGAAAACGAGAGGUCGGGUCACUGCUGACUUGAAAGGUGAUAGUGAGCAGAGGUGCUGAGAAUGAUGGAGCAUCUCAGCGAGACGUGUCUGGGCAAGGAGAACUCUGAGCUGGUCAACAGCAUGGCGGAGACCAAGGUCCCGCCGGCCAAGCUGCCCCGGCUGGAGCAGAACGGCAGCCCCCUGGGCCGGGCCAGGCUGGGCAGCACCGGGGCCAAGCUGGCCGGCAUCGCCUUCAAGCCCAGCGGCCACCUGCUGAAGACCUGCCACAAGAAAGGCAACAUGCUGCCGGUGUUCUGCGUGGUGGAGCACUACGAGAACCCCAUGGACUUCGACAGCAAGGAGGAGCACGCCGAGUUCGUCCUGGUGCGGAAGGACAUGCUCUUCAACCAGCUCAUCGAGAUGGCGCUGCUAUCUCUGGGAUACUCCCACAGCUCGGCGGCGCAGGCCAAAGGAAUGAUUCAGGUGGGCAAGUGGAACCCCGUCCCCCUGUCGUAUGUGACGGAUGCGCCAGACGCCACAGUGGCCGACAUGCUGCAGGACGUCUACCACGUGGUCACGCUUAAGAUCCAGCUGCACAGUUGUCCUAAGCUGGAGGACCUGCCGCCCGAGCAAUGGAGCCACUCUACAAGUAUGAUUUCCUCCAUUGUGAACAGCACUUACUAUGCAAAUGUGUCGGCGGCAAAGUGUCAGGAAUUUGGGCGCUGGUAUAAACAUUUCAAGAAGACAAAAGAUAUGAUGGGCAUGCGCCAACCCUCCCAGCUGGAGGGCUACCUGGGGACGUGCGUCCUCCGCGAGAGUCCCCGUGCCAAUGCACUAGCGGAGAUGGACGGCCUGUCGGACCUGUCCCCGCCCGGCUCCAACCACAACCACAUGGGCUUCUCCCAGCAGCAGCCCAUCCCCGGCAGCACGGCGGAGCAGACGCCGUCCUCGCCGGUGCCGCCGCUGCCCCACGCCCCCCCCACCCCACGGCGGCCAGGGCGGCGGCCGGCACCCCAGCUGCCCGGCCUGCACCACCCGGGCCUGGUGUCCACGCCCAUCAGCCCCCAGCUGGUCAACCAGCAGCUGGUGAUGGCGCAGAUCCUCAACCAGCAGUACGCCGUGAACCGGCUGCUGGCGCAGCAGUCGCUGUCGCAGCAGUACCUCAACCACCCGCCCGUCAACCGCAGCUCCCACAGCAAGCCGAUGGAGCCGCAGGUGGCGUCCAACACCGAGGUGUCCUCCGAGAUCUACCAGUGGGUGAGGGACGAGCUGAAGCGGGCCGGCAUCUCGCAGGCCGUGUUCGCCCGGGUGGCCUUCAACAGAACCCAGGGCUUGCUGUCUGAGAUUCUGCGUAAGGAGGAAGACCCAAAAACAGCGUCCCAGUCGCUGCUGGUCAACCUGCGUGCAAUGCAGAACUUCCUGCAGCUGCCGGAGGCCGAGCGCGACCGCAUCUAUCAGGAGGAGAGGGAACGCAGCCUCACGGCCGCCUCCGCGAUGGGCCCCGCUCCCCUUAUCAGCACGCCGCCCAGUCGACCUGUGCAGCCCCGGAGGGAAGACUGUAACAGCGUGAGGCCCGAGGACUGGAAUCCCAGAAUCCCCGUGGGCAUUUCACCUGUCAAACCGUCUCCUCUGCCCAACGAGUGGAACGGCAAGACGGACAGCUGCAUCCUCAACAUCAACUCCACCAUCUACGACGAGAUCCAGCAGGAGAUGAAGAGGGCGAAGGUGUCGCAGGCGCUGUUCGCCAAGGUGGCCGCCUCCAAGAGCCAGGGCUGGCUCUGUGAGCUGCUGCGUUGGAAGGAGGACCCGUCUCCGGAGAACCGGACCCUCUGGGAGAACCUGUCCAUGAUCCGCCGCUUCCUGAGUCUGUCUCAGGUCGAGCGCGACGCCAUCUACGAGCAGGAGAGCAGCGCCGGGCAGCAGCACCACAACGAGAGGCCGUCGCACCUGAUACACCUCUCCACGGACCAGCUACAGGGCCAGCCUCCUCAGCACCAGCACCAGCACCAGCACCAGCACCAGCACCAGCCCUCCCUGUCCCUCCACCCGUCCCAGCCUCUCCUGUCCCAGCAGCCCCUGCAGCAGCAGCAGUCCAUCGCCGGGCCUCGGCUGCCGCCCCGCCAGCCCUCCACCGCCUCCCCGGCCGAGACGGAGGACGAGAGCAGCCGCGGCGGCAUCAUCAAGUCCCGCACGGGCGGGGGGAAGAUCUCCCUGGAGGCCCUGGGCAUCCUGCAGAGCUUCAUCCAGGACGUGGGGCUGUACCCCGACGAGGAGGCCAUCCACACCCUGUCGGCCCAGCUGGACCUGCCCAAGCUCACCAUCAUCAAGUUCUUCCAGAACCAGCGCUUCUACGUCAACCACCCGGGCCGGGCCCAGAAGGAGCCCGGCAGCAGCAGCAGCACGGCGGCCAACACCAACACCAGCAGCAGCAGCAGCGGCAGCAGCCCGGCCUUCGAGCCCGAGCUGACGGACUUCCGGGAGGGCGGCGAGCUGCUCAAGGAGCUGGACGAGAGCACGCAGACCAACAGCACCAUCUUCUCCAUCAAGAUGGAGGAGCAGCUGGGCCGCGGGCCCGAGGCGCUGUCGGAGUCGGAGGUGAAGGAGUAAGGACUCCCCGCGAGCCGCUCCGGUGCACCGGGCCCGGGACUGCGUCGGCAGAGACGGUCCGGCCGACGCCGCAAACACGGAGGGGUCCAGUUCUCAGCGAGGCCACGGGACGUGUUCACACACUGGAAAGCCCAUCUCAGACUCAGUAAAACAAGUACUACUUUUGGAUUUUGUAAAACUUGUAUAAUUGACUGUAAAGACUUGAUGCAUCAUUUAAAUAAUCUGCACAAAAAAAAAAAAAUUAUUCUAAGUAUGUUGCCGUGGAUAUUUGCUGACUGCACUCAAUGUAUGUCGUUUUACACUGAUUAUCUUUUUGAGCUACUGAUUAUAUUCUGAAAAAAGGAAAAAAAUAAAAAACCAACCUUCCCCUGGAGUUUGCUAGGACUUUGAUAGGUGUUUACGUACGUGACGUUUAACUGGAUUUUUUUUUUUU